AGGAACCCAUAAUCAGCACCAUGGCUAGCAGUAGAGUACCUCUAAUCUGCAUCACCCUCGCUCUACUCAUGCUUAUGGUGUGCACUGAGGAGUCAGUGGUUGUCAGGUCUACUGAGAUCUCAGAGAACAACAGCCAGGAAGAGAAAGAACUGAUAGAGGCUUUACAAGAAGUUCUGGAGAAGCUGAAGAGCAAACGAAUACUUCCCUUGGACAAAAAGCUGGGAUGGGUACCAUCGUGUGAUGCUGGUGAGCAGUGUGCAGUGCGGAAAGGGGCACGUAUAGGAAAGCUCUGCAAUUGCCCAAGAGGGACUGUCUGCAACUUCUACAUUCUGAAAUGCUUGUGAAAUAAUUACAGCAAGGAGUUGGAGAAAUAUUGCAA